UCUGCUCUACCUGAGCACUCAAAGGACUUUAUACAAUAUGUUUAUUCACACAUAAAGUACUUCCUGUCUAACACUCACACUCCAAUGAACACAUUGGAAAUAACUCAGGGUUCAGUAUCUUGCCCAAGGAUGCUUUCGGCAUGCAAACUGGAACAGCCAGCAAUUCAACCACCAACCUGCUGUUUACCCUAUGAGCCAGUCAUAACAAGAACUAAAAACCGCAUUAAUUUCUUUUGCACACAGAGUCCCCUGUACACCCACAGACCAAAAUGUGAAUAUUUCAGUUUAUUAAAAUGUAAAGUAAACAUCAAAUAAUGAGGUUAAGCUUUUCUCUGUGCCUUUUUAUUUUCACUGGAGAGAAUGGGCAUUUCGGUUUAAGGAUUUUCAAUGUAAAUAUUAUUAAAAAGGUCUGAUGAGACAGUAGAUUAAAUUCUAACAACUCUGAGAUCUGGUCCCGCUUGAUUCCUAGAAGCCUACCAACUGGAACAGUAUGCUUGUGAAAGAAAGUCUUUGUUGUGGGUGAAACAAUACUACAAGCUUUUUAUAUUUGAAAAAAAAAAAACUUUUGUGGUUAAUGAUAUGCAGGUUUUCAGUUGUCUACUUUUUUUCAAAGGCUAUUGUUCAGUGAUGGGCAAUUAAUUUUCCCAUGGGACCACAUGAGAAACUGGGACUGUUGUGGAGGGUCUCACCAAUAAGUGUAUAAAGAGAUUACAUUAAUAUUGAGCAGAAUUGAGUUCAGUUUAAUCCCCUGCUAUAGCCAUUAGUAGGAAAGAAAACAGCAUCAAGUACUAACCUGCAGGGUUCAUUUAAAUACCUUUAAGCUGUCAGGCAGGUUAUAAAAGCCUAUUUUUAAUUUGCUUCUUAGCAAAGACUGAAAAUCUCACUAGAAAACAUCCCUGGAAUGUGACCUCUCACACUCAGAAAAAUCGAAACCACAAAACAGUGCUGCCCCUCUUAUCACCCAGCCUAUCCGCUUGCUCAAUGAGCCUGUGUAGCAUCAUCCAGGUGCGGCACUUCAAAACUAACAGGGGAGGGGGGCGGGAUCUGAAACUGCAGGGGGUGGGGGCUCUGGUGGAGGUAUUUCUGCCAUCUUAUUUGCGUGUCACAGAGACCCGGAGGAGGACCGGCACUGAUCUGCUCUGACACAAACAGGUUGAACAUCUGAGAAAACAUCAGCAGCAUGUCAAAAGAUAUUAACAGAAGCCAGGUGCUUCAAAACAUCAGGGUGCGGUCUACAUUAAAAAAGGACGGCAGCUGGAUCCAAAGAUCAAAUGAUGCCAAGAAAGAACAAGACACAGCGGGAACGAACACAGAUGUGGAAACUAAACCUAUUCCAGCUAGGAGUUCACAAGUCCGGUUGGCAGCCAGGAGAUUUGAAGCAAUAGAUCCUCCACCAAGUUCUCCUCUUCAAAAGGCAGAGGUCAUUUCAUCUGAAGGGAAUUCAGCUAAUCAGGCAAGUGCUGAAAAUAUUUCAGCUCCGAAAGACACUCGGCCUGAAGGCUCAACAGUGAAGAUAGAGCCUCAACCCCCCACAAAAGCACCUAUUCAAAAUAUUAAUGCACAGCCAGAAAAGACAUUUACUGAAGCAACUGCAGAAAACACGGAACAACAUGCUGAUGCACCAGCUGACAACUGUCACAAUGAGGAUAAGGCCUCCGCAGAUGCUGAUGUGAAAAAUCCCCCUGCAGAAAUCUCUGCUGCGGAAGGCACAGUGAGAGAGAGUAGUGAGAGUAAAAGCACCGCUGGAGUCUCUGGAGAAUCUGUAAUCAAAACAGAACCGCCGAAUACAACUAAUUUAGAGCACGCAGGAGUAAACAUGUAUGGACCACCUGCUUUGGCAACAUCGGGAAAAGAAGCUUCUCUCCAAGGCGGUGUGGAAACACCCGCUGUAAGUGAUGCAACACCAGAAGAAGAAACUGCUCUACAACACAGCACCAUAUCAGUCACCGACACUCUGCCUGCACCAUCUAGUCAAUCCGAUGCUGACACUGCCAAGGGUGUGGAGUUUAAAGUCGAGUGUGCACCACCCUCUGAGCCGGUUUUUAAAAGCGGAACUGAAGAGGCGGUUGAGCGCGAAGAUGAAGGCACUGUUGUUGAACAAAGUUUUGAUCCAACACCUAAGACAGCAGCAGACUGUGACAAAGAGUUGAACAUUGAAGAUGCCCUUGACCAAGUAGCUGCUUCAGAUGCAGAAGGUGUUUUGGAUAACACAGAGCACGCAGCUAUUAGACUGACUGAUGCUUCAGAUGUGGAGACAGCCAAGGCUGAAGCUGUUCCUAAACCUGUGGAAGAUCCAAGACAACCCCACUCUGAGGACUUCAAACCAAACCAAAAGUGUGAUGAUAGCCAUAUUUCUGAUGUGUCUCAAAAGCCUGCAGAGGACGUAAACUCAACAAAAACUCUGAAUAAGCCCAUUCAUGGCAAAUCUCCUUGUUACUUCUGCAACCAAAUCAUUAAUGGAAAUGUCAAGAUCAUGUUCAGUGAGCCCUCGAUAAACUGCCACCCAGACUGUUUAAAGUGCGGGGUUUGUGCUAGGGCCCUUGGAGAUAUGCUGACCCCCAUGUUUUUGAAGGACCAAGUGAUCCAGUGUGGAGUGUGUUUUUCAAAAGCGGUUAAGAAAUGAUGCCUAUCUGGGACAAAUAUGUUUCCAGAAAAUAGUCCAAGCAUACCUUGAUGAAUGUGCUGUCCAUUAUUUCCCAUAACUUCCCUAUCGACUUCUUCUUUCUUUCUUUUUCUGUCACAACUGUAUCCAGUAAAAGGGCAAUAUAUUGUUAUGAUUAAUGAUUCUGC